ACGUGUAUGCUGUCGAUGUCAUUAUCUUGUCAAGUAAUGUGCAUCAUAAAUUAUUUGCAUUACGCUCUUAGAUAGUAUUUUUGGAUAAUUGAACCCGGUAUAGAAAAUAACAAAAAUGUUCAUCUCCCCCAUCGUUGUUACUAUACUAGUCACGUUAAUUAGUGGAAUAUUUUCCAAAAGCGUAGAGUUAACUUUCGAACUACCUGAUAGUGCAGUAGAAUGUUUUUAUCAAGAAAUUGAGAAGAAUACUUCAGCUUCAUUAGAAUAUCAGGUAAUUACUGGUGGGCAGUAUGAUGUUGAUGUUAAAGUAGAAGGUCCUAAUAAGCAGAUCAUAUAUCAACAACAGAAAAUGCAAUAUGAUUCUCAUCAGUUUACAGCUCAAUACACAGGUGUUUAUAAAGUUUGCUUCAGCAAUGAAUUCAGUACUUUCUCACAUAAACUAGUGUAUAUGGAACUAAAUGUUGGACCUGAACAACCACUACCAGGAGUUGGGGACCAUGCUACAGUACUCACACAGCUGGAAACUUCUGCAGAAGAAAUUCAUUCCGCACUAAACAGGAUAAUUGAUCAUCAAACUCACCACAGAUUGAGAGAGGCUCAAAGUCGCAAGCGGGCGGAAGAUCUCAACGAGAGAGUGUUCUGGUGGUCUAUGGGAGAGACUUUGGCUAUAGUUUGUGUCACUUUUGUACAAGUCAUGGUUCUCAAAAACUUCUUCAGCGACCGACCAACUUUAUACAAUAGGAUGUAAUAGUAAAAGUUUAACAGCCUUACAAAUAAAUUUGGUAUUAACUUAGAAAUAAACUUAGUAAAAGCAAAAUUUGUAUAUUUACUUAUACACAGUUUAUUCCUAAGUUUAACUUUAUACUGUGUUUAUUUGUAAGGCUGUAAUAGUUUAUUUAUUAAUAUAUUUUAUGGGUUAAAUUAUUUGUUUUAUUUAGGUUUGAAUAUUGACACAAAAAUGCUUUACUACUACUUCAUGUUUUCUAAUCUAUUUCUGAAUCUUGUUUAUACUAUAUUUUAGUAAUAAUCUAAUAACUUUCUGUGUUUGUUUUCCCUUAAAAUGAAUGUAUAGAUUACUUGAACUUUUAUGCAAUAAAACAAAGAUUGUGAAAUUUCAAUGUGAUCUUGGCAUAUUUUGAUUUGAUACAAAUCAUGCUUACAGGACAGAUAAAGAGAGCAAUGUAAACUUUAUGUAAUUUAGUUGGUUUAAAAAUAAUACUUUGUUAAUGUGGAUCAAUUAUUAAUUGCUGGAAAGAGAAAUAGGAUGUAAUGAAUAUUGAAACAGAAUAAGGAUGCAAUAGAGAACGGAAAUUAAACCUCCGGCCUCCUGGUCUAAAUACCAAUCAAAAUAAUAAAAGUAAAUAUAAAUUUUUGUAAUUUCAAUAUGCCAGUACAAAAUAAUGUAAUGCAUUGUAAAGUAUCAUUAAAUAUAUUAUUGUAAAUCAUUUUACAGUGAAUAUACCAAAUAAACUAAAAUUAUUUUCUUC